UUAGUCUAACAAUAAUUUUAGGGAUUUGGUAAUUCUGGUGCGAUCAGUUCUUCUCUGCAUCCCAAUGAUCGCCACCGUUACACCGCCACCCGCCAUGGCGGAGGCCACCACCUACGCCGUCCCUGCAUUAGAAAACCUCUCACCGCAGGCCAAUAUGCUCUCUGACGCCCCUCCUCACUCUCCAAACCUAAAAAACCUUCUGCCGCCCUUCCUAAAUUCAAUUACCCAACUGAAAGACUUCUCCGACGCGAUGUCGGGCUUCCUUCAAUGCUACGACGACCUCCACAGCCACCUCCAAUCCAUCAAAGCCGCCACCUUGGCGUUGCUUCCGCCAGAAUACCCUCCAAUUUCUCACUCACCCCCGCAGAGACCCGAAGCUCUAGCAAAUACAACCGUGGAGAAACAACAGGACGAUAAAAUUCCCUCGAAAUCGGAGCUCGAGGGCUUCUGCAAAGCAAUGUGCAGCCGGGGCGUGCGGAAAUAUUUGGUCUCUCAUUUGUCUAAUCUCCCAAUGCUGCAGGAACAAGUGCCAAAGGCGCUGAGGCUGGCUCCAAACCCUUGGAAACUGGUUUUGGAAUGUUUGGGUAAAUUCUUUUUGCAGGGGAGCAAGGCCUUUGCUAGGGACUCCCCGAUGAUCCCUGCUCGUGAGGCGUCGAUUUUGGUGUUGGAAUGCUUCUUAUUGAUGAGAGGAUUGGAUGUUUCGAGUGAAACCGAUUGUGGGAUCUUGGACAUUGACAAGGCAGUGGAGGAGGAGGCGAAUGUUGCAGCCUUGGCGUGGCGGAAGAGGUUAGUGAUUGAAGGGGGUUUGGCCAAGGCUAACCAGAUCGAUGCACGCGGACUUUUGCUGUUUGUUGCUUGUUUUGGGGUACCGGCUAUGUUUCAGGUUGAGGAUAUGCGGGAUUUGGUGAUUGCGGGGAACGCCAAGGAGAUUGUUAGUGUAUUGCAGAAGUCUCAUAUGCUUAUGAGUAAAAUUUCAGAGAUGGUAGAGGAAAUGAUGAAGAAAAAAAUGGAAGUAGAUGCUGUUGAUAUUGUCUAUACCUUUGGCCUUGAGGAGAGGUUUAAUCCACACACAAUUUUAAUUUCAUUUCUACGAGAAGCUAAAAAAACUUGGAAAAUGUCAAAAAAGGGAUCACAAGGUUCACCGGCUACACUUAAUGAAGCAAAUAAGAAGCAAUUGGAUAUUCUGAAAUCUAUAAGGAGAUGUUUGGAAAGGCACAACAUUGAUGCUGCAAAGCUUCUUCCUGGAUGGCAAAUCAAUGAAAAAAUUGUGAUUCUACAAAAAAACAUCACUGACUUUGAUAGGAAAUUAGUAGUAGACAAAGCAUCUCAGAAAAGAAAAUCAAGUGAAACUGAGACAUCAACAAGGCCAAAAUUCCAAGAUGCAAAACGUGUGCGCCAUGUUAACCAUGGUGCACAACAGCAGAAGGCUACUGUUCAUGUCGAUAGCAGAAGAAGUUUGUCGGGUAACGGUCAAUACCGUGUCAAUAGCUAUGCUGCUCCAGCUGUAAUAUACGGAGGACCUGGUGCAGGGCUAGUACCAGAAGGUAUGAUCUCGUCUGGAGUUGGAGCUACGAGCCAUGGUGGCAUGCUUCCGACAUAUGCUCUUCAGGAGCCAGUUUUGGUUGAUGCAGCAGGGCAGCUUAUAAACCGUGUCACUCAUCCCUAUUCAUGGCAAAGGGAGUCGUCCAUAAAUGAAAGAUAUGCUAGUCAACCCCCGCCUAUAGGGCUCACUUCCUUGUACAGAGCGUCAUCAUCUGUUGAGGGCUUACCAGGGAACACUCUCUCAUCAGUAAGUCAUGGAAUUCAGGGUUCCACAUCUGAUCUAUAUCAGUACAGAGCGCCAUCGUCCGUUGAGGGCUUGCCGGGGAACACUACCUCAUCAGUAGGUUAUGGAAUUCGGGGUUCCACUUCUGAUCUAUAUCACUUUGCUGAUUCUAUAGCAGAGGGUGAACUGUACCCGAGCAAUGAUCCUCGGAGUGGUACUGCCGGUUCUAGUGUUGUUCCGCCUCAUCUUUCAUCAUAUUUAUACCAAGCUUAACCUAGAAUACUCGUGUUGAUAUGUUGCUAUUACACUGUAGAUUUAGACUUCCAUAAUUUCUAAAGCUGAAUACUUUCUAGGUAUUAUAAGUUAUAACCCUGGCCUCCAGGAAGAAAUAGGUGUGAAGUUGAAGUUUUCCUAAAAUUGAAAUGUGAAAACAUUGGAACGAAAACUUGCCUUUUCUGGUUAGAAAACAACAAGGUAUUGAUUUGUUAAGUUGCAUUGAGUUUUUAUCAAUGAAUUUUGAGAAUUUUCAUACACCUGUCAA